CCGCCACGCGAGCGCGACGCCGCGCGCCGGGGAGAGAGAGGAGGAGGAGGCUGACGAAUCGAUCAAAGCCGAGUCGAAGAAAAACACAACCGCGACGUGCGGGAGGCGGCCGGAGCUGGGGGUGGUGGAGGUGGCGAGACCGCGAGAUGGGCGGGUGGGUGCGGGUGCGGGUGCGGAGCCCGUCGGUGAUGCAGUCGAAGCUGCUCUGCCUCUCCCUGCUCUACCUCCUCACCACCCUCCCGCUCGCGCUCUACGUCUCCUUCUCCGGCCCGGGCUCCGCCUCGCGCUGCCUCCUCUUCCUCCCCUUCCGUUCCUCCGCCCCGUCGGCGUCGGCGGCGCUCUUCAAGUACCCGCGCGAGUACGGCGAGCACAAGCACGCGAUCCCGGCCACGCGCGCGCUCUGCUCCGACCCCGCCGUCUUCUCAGACUACAAGGCUGUACUGGAAGAGAUUAACAGCCUCUGUCUCAACCUCUCGGCGUCUCCUUCUUCAACACCUGCGCUGCGGUACCAGAGUGGGAGGAGGGACUCGUUCGCGGGAAAUCUGUCCACCGAUCAGAGGAGAUUCUUCUUCAACCACACUGACAGUGCAGCGGAGAUUCCAUGUGGGUUCUUCAAGGAAUUUCCCCUCAGAGAAGCUGACAGAUUGGCCAUGGAGAAAUGCCAUGGUGUGGUGGUGGCGUCGGCGAUCCUCAACGACCACGACAAGAUCCGGCAGCCCAAGGGGCUCGGCUCCGAGACGCUCAGGACGGCAUGCUUCUUCAUGUUCAUUGACGACGCCACCCACAGGAUCCUCGCGCGCCACAACAUCCUGACCGGCCAGCGCGGAGAGCCCGGCAGCACGGUGGGCGCGUGGCGCGUGGCGAGGCUUGGCGGCGGCGGCGAGCACCGGCUCCCCUACGAGAACCCGGCCAUGAACGGCGUCGUCGUGAAGCACCUCCUGCACAGGCUGUUCCCGAACGCGAGGUUCAGCGUCUGGGUGGACGCCAAGAUGCAGCUCACCGUCGACCCGCUGCUGCUGGUGCACUCGCUGCUCGUCGGGAAGGGAGCGGACAUGGCGGUCUCCAAGCACCCGUUCAACCUCCACACCAUGGAGGAGGCGAUCGCGACGGCGCGGUGGCGCAAGUGGGACGACGUUGAGGCCAUCAGGGCGCAGAUGGAGACGUACUGCCGGAACGGCCUGCAGCCAUGGUCCCCCAGCAAGCUUCCAUAUCCGUCAGAUGUGCCGGACACGGCGAUCAUCAUCAGGAGGCACGGCCUGGCCAGUGACCUCUUCUCCUGCCUCCUUUUCAACGAGCUGGAGGCGUUCAACCCACGAGACCAGCUCGCCUUCGCCUAUGUCCGGGACCAGAUGAACCCCAAGGUGAGCAUGAACAUGUUCGACGUCGAGGUGUUCGAUCACAUCGCCGUCGAGUACCGGCACAACCUAAAGCGUGGCGAUGGCGGGGCAGGAGGGAAGCAGGGUGUCACAACGAUGGCAUCGUCAGGAGACAUCACCAGGAGCAGCUGCGAGAGAUAUCUUCUGAAGAUGUGGGGUGAGCCUACUGAAUAGUCUUUGGAGAAUUUCCCAUUUCAUUGUUUCCUUUUCUUCUGAAGAUCGCAUUGGUGUAAAUAUACUCAAGGGAUAAACACCACUAGGAAUUUUGCUGAAUAAUUGUAGAUUGUAAAAUAGAUAUACAUAAUGAGAAUUGAGAACAUUUAGGUUACAAGCAUUGGGACAAGAGCAAUUUCAGUGUAAGUUUUGAUUCCUCCU